GAGCGCACACCUCUCGAUUGCGUGGCCUGCCCCGUCCGGUGGGGCCCCCGGGACAAGCACCAGCGGAGAGGCCGGCAGGGGCGGGCGGUGGGGGGGUGGGGAGCGGGGGUGGCCAUGCAGCGCCGCCUGGACGGAGCCCUGCGCUCCGAACUGGCGUUCCUGGGCGCGCUAUACUGCGUGCAGGGCAUGCCCUAUGGCCUGCAGUCGGGAUACCUGCCACUGUACAUGCGCGCUGCCGGCGCUUCGUAUGGGCUGGCGGCCAUCACGCGGGUCCUCUACGUGCCCUGGCUGCUCAAGUUCGCGUGGGCGCCGCUCGUGGGCCAGUGCGGCUCGCUGAAGGGCUGGCUUCUAGGCAGCACGGGCGCCAUGGGUCUCGUGUGCCUGGUCGGCGGUGCGGUGCUUCCCGAGCCGCGCACCUCGCUGGCGCCCAACGCGGCGCUGCUGCUGCUGCUCAACGCGCUGGCGUCUGUGCAGGACGUGGCGGUAGACACGUGCGCCGUGCGGCUCCUGGCCGGUGGGGCGCGCCUCGCCUGGGGCAACGCCGUGCAGGUGGUCGCCUACAAGCUGGGCUCGGCGCUGGCGGGCGGCGCGCUGCUCGGGCUGGCGGGCGAGCGGCUGGGCUGGCACGGCGUGCUGCGCGUGCUCGGCGCGCUCUACCUGCUGGCGCUCGCCUACACCCACCGCUGGCUCACUUGGCGGCCCGGCGGCGUGAUGUCUCCUGCCCAGCACAGCGGGCAGCACGAUGAUGGGCAGCAGCAGCAGCAGCGGCACCGUGCCACCUUCAACCCCGUCACUAUCUCCAGGGAGCUGCUCAAGACGCCAGGCACCGCUUGGAUGGCCGUAUUUGUUCUGCUCUACAAACUCGGCGAGCAGGCCGCUCUGGGGAUGUUCCCGCUGGCGCUGCUGGAGAGGGGCUUCUCGACCCGCGAGGUGGCACUCUGGGGGAGCUUGGUCGGCGUGGCGAUCUCCAUGGCGGGCUCGGCGCUGGGGGGCCCGCUCUGUGACCGCUACAGCACGUGGGGGCUCCUGCGGGCUGCCCUGGCUGCGCGCCUCGUGCCUCUGCUCACGCAGACGUUGCUGCUGAGCCUGCAGCCCACGGGGGGGCCACUCGUCAAAGGCCUCGCCGUGAUCUGCAUUCUGCUGCAGCACCUGCUCGGAGGCCUCGUCACGACACUCACCUUCUCGCUCAUGAUGCGCUGUUCGCAGAGGGCGCCUCCUCACCUGCAGGCGACGCACUACAGCUUCCUGGCGCUGCUGGAGCUCCUGGGGAAGCUGUCGCUGGGCACGGUGUCGGGCCUGCUGCUGGACUCGCUCGGGCUGGGCCCGGCCUUCUCCCUCUUCCUGGCCCUCUCGUCGCUCGCGUUCGCGUACACGUGGUGCUCCGCGCCCCCGCACUGACCCAGCAAGGGCCAUGCUAUAAGGCUAAGGGCCAUGCUAUAAGGCUAAGGGGUCAAUUGCUUUACAUGGCCAAUAAAAGUGAUUUUUUAAAAAUUAUUUCGCAAAGUUUAAAAUGUUAUCGCAUGAUAACAUCAGUCACGUAAUGUUAUGGGUACUGCUAAAGUUGUAUCCACCUCGGAUAAAUCGCAAGACUGAUUUUGGCACCAUGAAACCGCAAACAUAAUUCAGAACCUGGCACCACAACAUUCAGUGUCGCUUUCGCUGUGGUUGGGGCAACCAGUCUUCUUCUUUCGUAUGUCUGAUGUAGAUGCAGAGAAACAACUACAAUUUCAAACUCAGGUGGCCAAACCAGAUAUCCGCGUCAGGAGCACGGGAGUGUAACGCUGCGAUGUCUCCUUUAUAUUUGUGGAUCUGGCAUUGCGUCAUUAUAUAUUGUAUGGUCUGUUCUGGAUGACCACAGUCGCAACUUGUCACGUAUGUACACCUCCGGUUUACUGGUGACCCGGAUAAUAUUCAGUGCGAUUAAGCCCUAGUGGCCACGGGAGGCUGAGAGGUGUGUUUUUGUGUCCCAAUGGGGCCCGUUAUCGGCCAAAGUAGAUUUCAGACAACAAGGACGAUGCUUCGUAUUUAUGUUGAACUUCUUUUGCACCGUACGUAGACAGCCGUGCUAAUCGGAGGUGCGUGGUAAUGGGAGUGCCCAGUGACUGCUGUCAUCACUCGACUGAUGUUCGCCGUUUUUUUAGAGCUUUCAAGGACCACGCAAUUAACAAAACCUUCAAUUAAACCCUUCGGCAAACGGA